AUGACAAAAGCUGCCCGCUCUCUUCCCUCGGCGCGAGCGAAGCAGCAGAUGACGCGGAAGAUGAAGGAGGAGAAGAAGAAGAAAGAAAGCCGGCGGAGGGACGCGGCGGCGGAAAAACCCCCACCGGGCAGCGCGGGAAGCAGCCGCCUGCUUCGUCCUCCUCCGGCUACCGCAAUUCCAACCCCCUCAAGCCCAAGCCGAACUGAGGGAACCGAGAGAGAAAAAGCGCGCCCCCCAAAAGAGGACCGGAGCGGCCAGCUCCAAAGCCAGGGCGCGGGGGCGGGGGGCGCGGCUUGGCUAAUGAGCGCGCGACAGCCCCAAAGCGGCAGCCACCUGGGACGCGGGUUGGCUCCCCUCACCGGCACGGUCGGGCAUUCCUACAGUGUGCCCCCCCCCUCAAAAGCAGCAGCAGCAGCAGGAGGAGGAGGUCCAGUGGCAGCGGCGAGUGGCUGUGGCACCGGUGGUCCCAGAGUCCGAAGUGCUUCCCUAAGGGCAGGUGGAAGAAGGGAUGAGAACAGCAGCCCAGGGCGCGCGCGCGCUCGCCUUCUCCCCCGCUCGCCCUCUCUGUCCCUCGCAGCAGCAGCAGCAGCUGGAUCCCGCAGCCCGGCGCCACAGCGAGAACGCAGGGGGAAAGGAGCACAGCGCGGCUCCCUCAGACGGCACAUUCGCUUUCCCUCCUCAGCUGGAGCGGACCAUUCGGAAUCCCGGGCAUAG